CCAACAGCCUGUAUCAGCUGCGGAGUGAUGCUAUAAAUAGGUGGCCCAGCCGCAGCCGUGUGCGAUUCCGCAACGACGAGCGAAAAUCGCAUUUGCACUGGCAAGACUUGAGCGAUGGCUCGAUGGGAAUAUAAAUGCUCACAUAGGACCAUGAAGAUGUCCAGUACUGCCGCUCCACCGACACAAAGGACUACUUCCAGUCUCGUACGUGUCACGACCAUCGACCUAGUCUCUACCCCUUCGUCAUGGGCCAUCAUCACGAAGCCGCCACUACUCAUGGCCAGACCCAGUCACUACCCAUCACUCUAUACGCCACGCCGAUAGGAACUCAGUCCAAAAUUCUCGGCGUCCGCAAGCCCUUCAAGCCGCUCGGACACUGGGCUGUCUGCAUUCAGGGCUACUGCUACGAGCUGACCAGGAAGUCGAGGAAUGCACCCAAGAAGGACCCUGCGUACAGGGUGAACUGCGAGCCCGAGGAGAGCUGGUUGGCCAGGAAGGUCGAGCAGCAGCGAGAGUGCGUGCCGAGUCACGUAGGCUCGACCGCUGGGUACCUCUCGCCCGAGACGAUCUCUUAUAUCGGCGAGCUCAUCUGGGUCAGGGCGCUCCAGCAGAAAUACGUGUACGACGAGAACAACUGCCAGGUCUUCCUUCGUCUGCUGGUCGACCUCAUCGGGGACCACGCCACGCGCGCCGCGUUCCCAGCAUUCCUGGACCAGUUUGUCAAGUGGGCGGGCAUCGGCCGCGACGCUGCCUUUUACACGUUUGCCGCGGGCGCCUCGGUCUUUGCGGCCGCGGUGUCGCUCACGGUCGCCCCCGUCGAUACCUCAGGGACAGCCGCCGUGGCGUUCGCCGCGUCCACGCAAAUGGUGCUGCAGAACAGCACGGCUUUGCUGAAACUGCGGCACGGCAAGGAAAAGUUCAUAAAGAAGGCGCAGGAGGAUAUUAGAAAGGAGCUCGUGGCAGAUGAAAUCCUGACCGCCUGACGAGAGUAAACCACAAGUACCAGGUAUGGUACAUGUAUUGAUGAGCGUGCAUAGCGUUGGCGUUUAGAAACAUUGCAUGGUGCUCUUAUACCUUUGGAUCUGGUUGAGAGCUAGGACCACUUGACGAACAAUAAGCAUUGACU